CCACCCAUUUGUGCAUUUUUUCCAGCGGGGUGCUUCAGUGAACCAUCUCCGGAGAUCGCUUUAAAUCCAUUGCAUCGAUUCAUCAUGCCUCUCACUCGAGCCAGGCUUCGAAAGCUUGAACAAGAAACGCAUACAUCGCUGCAGCCAAACGAGGUUGACGAUACCGUCUUGUCGCAAGCAGCUUCUACCAGCGGCGAAUCGACCACACAACAAGCACCAGCGACAGUAUCUGCACAAAGGAAGAAGGCACAGCCAAAGCGAUCUGGUCGCAAAUCGAAAGCUCAAUCCGAUGAACCGAUCCCACAGUCGAAUGGCGAGAAAGAAAACCUGGAAUCCUUUUCUGCCGUAGUCGAAACAACUGAAUCAAAGAAGCAAGCACUUGUACAAGAAAGCGAAGAACAGAGCGACGAGGAAAGCGAAGAAGAGAGUGAGGACGAAAGCGAAGAAGAGAGCGGGGAGGAAAGUGAAGGGGAAAACGUAUCAAGCGAUGAAGAAAGCAGUGACGAUGAGGAUCUCGAUUCUCUAUUGGAUAAAGCACGGACCGCCUUGGAAAAACAACGUGCAGACGUAACAAAGGAUGACGAUGCAUCAUCAUCAUCCGCCAAUAAGUUUAGCUUCCCCAAACUAGACGCUGGCGUGUCGAUUGAGGAUCAUCUUUACAUCAAAACCCAAAAGGACCGUGCGAGGUUAACGUCAGAGACGGUGUCGAUCAUCAAUCCUGGCGACAAGGCGCCUGCCAAAGGUGACAAGGUGAUUGAGACUCACAAGGUCACAGAAAAAGAAGAAAAGCCGCUCUCACGAAAGGAACGACAACAGCUUCGAGAAAAAACAACAGGAAAGGGAUGGUUCGACAUGGAAAAACCGGAAAUUACACCUGAAAUUAAGCGUGAUUUGCAAAUUUUGAAAAUGCGUCAUGUUUUGGACCGCAAGCGACAUUACAAGAAGAUGGGCAAGCGGGCCGAUCCCACUUAUUUCCAAGUUGGCACGGUGGUGGAGGGCCCUACGGAAUUCUUCUCGGCACGUAUGACCAACCGCGAGAGAAAGAAUACCAUCCUUGAUGAAUUAUUGUCCGACGAUAACCGCAAACAAUAUUACAAGCGCAAGUUCCUCGAAACCCAAGAACGAACCAGCAGCGGUGGCAAAAAGCAUUACAAGAAGCAAAAAGUCAAGCGUUACUAGAUCCUAAAGUUCAUGUACAUUUCUCUACCUACAAUUUGCAUCCCUUUUUUCUCUUCCAUCUUUCCAAAAUCUUGAAUAAGAUGAUAUCAUUUCACAUUUCAAAAGUGCUCAGCUCAACCAUGUCCCUUUGAUUUUUCCUAUUUUAAUCUAAACAAUUAAAUCUUUGGGAAACUAGCAAUUUUG